AUGGACUUCCCGUUGGAAAAUAUCUUUGCGCCCUGCUGCGAGAACCUCACCCCCACUAAUACGGGCAGCUGCCAGAGUCCACCAAGAGAACUGACGCAUUUCUUCAGCCCCGUAGUUAUGAAUCCAUUAGAAGCUUUGAACCAUCGUCCCGAAUCUUUUUCACUCCUCGAUAACCCAUACAUAAUUCAAAUUACCCCAGUAUUUCUUGAAGGAGAAUACCGCAUGGGGCGACGACCAACACAAUAUUUCAUUCGAGUCCCCGAGAACUUGGAGCCUGAAGGGCCAAACAAGUUUGUUCGAUUUGUGUCCGCUGGAACUUUGAGCGGGGAGGAUGAAUGGAAAAAUUCAUACUUUGGGAAAGAGGGGUAUGAUAAGAGAGAGUCUUUUGGUUGGAGAUGUGAGGAUACUUAG